GGUAUAUUGUAUGAAGAGUUCUGGCGAAGGUGAUAAACAGAGUAUGAGAAAUUGCCUCCUCAAUGAUGGAUGUUUUAUGGAUCUGCAAAUAUGAGAUAAAUCUGCAUGGAAUUUCAUGUGAAAAACCUCCCUACUUGGCCUAAUUGAGCUCAGUUUCGUGUUGGAUUUCUUGUGCGAAAAAAGCGGGAGGAAUAUUUGGAGAAAAACGAGUUUUUUUAAAGGGAAGACCAGCCUUUGGACGGGCAAGAUGGAAAAUUUGGGAUUUAAGGAAGGUACAGCAAAGCCAAAGCGACUCACACGCGGAGGAUCGAGCAAUACAUCAACGGAGACGGCGGAAGCUGAAACGACACCACUAACCAAUCAAAGGUUGGGCACAUAUUGGCCACCACAGUUGAAGACGGCAGCACCACAUUUGCGUCUCAAAUGGCGAAACCUGUCUCUUGCAGUGAUUGAGGCACAGCUCGCGACACCAGAUCGAUGUGAUUACAUGGAAGUUGGGCAGUCACCACCCGCAGAAUUUGCCCCGAGUGUCUAUGAGGCUCUCGAGCAGCCGAGUGUGCAGAUAACAGUGCAAAUUUGCAAUGAUACCAUACGUGAAAAUCUCCAUGAGGAGAUGAAACUGAUGAAUGGGCGUCUCAAGUUGUUUGAUGAUGUUGAGAAUUUUGUGAUAACAUCCGAAAACAUCCGGGAACAUUUGGAGGGUUCAAGUAAGGCUGAACUCAAUCUCUGCUUUCUCUGGGCAACCUUUCUGCGGAGACAUGAUUUACUUGAGGGACUCCUUCAGGUGGGAUCUGAACUUAAUUUUGCCGAUUCAACGGGGAUUUCAGCACUGCACCUGGCGGCUUUUAGUGGAUGUGUCAAGUGUACGGAGUUCCUUAUCUUGCAUGGUGUUGAUGUGAAUUUCCAGACAGGCCCCUAUACACCCCUCCAUUGUGCUGCCUUUGGGAAUUCCGCGGAAACUGCCAAGAUUCUCAUUGAUAGUGGUGCUGAUUUGACGAUACAUACAAAGAAGCAGAACAAUGAAGAAUCUCUCCUGCACUGUGCUGUUCGUGCGAAUGCCGUGGAUUGCGUCAAGCUCUUCGUUGCUCAGGGGGCUGAUGUGAAUUCCAUUAAACCCAGUGGGACGAAUCCCAUUCAUUUGGCAGCAGAGCUGGGGCUCGUUAAGUGUCUCCGGGUGCUACUCAAUAGCCCCGAAGCUGAUCCCAAUUUGAGGAUUGGAUGUGGUGCAAAGGAGUCCACAGCACUGCACUUAGCGGCAGAUAAUGGGAAUUCUGAAUGUUUGGGAUUGCUUCUGGCCAAGAGGGCUGAUGCAAAGUUGAAAAAUCAUCGAGGACUCACAGCACUGCAUUUGGCUGCCAAAUCAACGAGUUUGAAGUGUGUUGAGCAACUUUUACGUGUGGGUGGGGCUGAUCCCAAUGCCCUGGAUUUUGAUCACAGAACACCCCUGCAUGGAGCUGUGGGAAAGACUCAGUCAUCAUUUAAGAUUCUCGAGACAUUGAUCGCAUGGGGAGCAAAUGUCAAUCAACAGGAUAUCUAUGGGUUUACACCGCUUCACCUAGCUGCUCUCGAUGGCUUGUCAGAUUGCGUGGAGACUCUUAUCUUUCACGGAGCUGAUGUGACGUUGAAAACGAGAAAGGGAACAACAGCCCUCAAUAUAAUUGUCCGCAAAACUCCAGCAUCCCUCAAGAUGAUUAAUCAUAAACUCGAUCAUGCCAUAACACUGCAUACCCACAAAGUGGCGAGCAAUCGUGAAGUAGAACUUGAAUUGGACUUUGGUCCAUUACUACAGCACUGCCAUCCGCGGGAGAUAAGCUAUCUGAAGAAGAUUGUAGAAGAGAAUCAUAAGGAAGUUCUUCAGCAUCCCAUCUGCACGGCAUUUCUCUACUUGAAAUGGAAGAAAAUUCGCAAAUACUACAUUGCCAGGCUCAUAUUCUGCUUCAUUCACAUUUCCCUGUUCAGCUUGUACGUCCUCACGGCAUUGGCGCAUAAUUGCUACAACAGGACGAAGGAUAUGGAGGAAGCGAGUUUAAUUCAGGCACAAGAACUCUGUCAGAAGCAAUCAAUGUUUGGUGACAUGCUACGAAGUAAUCCAUUUGUCAUUGAGAUUCAAUGGUGGGUUCUUGCGGCAGUCACGCUAGUCGAUAUUGCCCGGAAGCUAUGUGGGAUAAGUGGGUACUCAUCAGUUAAGCAGUAUCUAACUUCCUUUGAGAAUCUCAUUGAGUGGUUUGUGGUUGGGAGUGUUUUUGUCACGUCGUACGUCUACACCCAGCGCACGUACUUCUGGCAGAAUCACAUUGGUGCCUUUGCAAUUCUCCUGGGGUGGACGAAUCUCAUGCUAAUGGUUGGGCAGCUACCAUUCUUCGGCGUCUACGUGGCGAUGUACACGAAAGUUCAGACGGAAUUUGCAAAACUCUUCAUGGCGUAUUUUUUCGUUUUAAUCGGAUUUACAAUAAGUUUCUGCAUCAUCUUCCCCGAUAGCCCGUACUUUCCAAAUCCCUUUGUGGCUUUUAUCAUUGUCCUGAUCCUCAUGACGGGAGAGAUUGAUCUGAGUAUGCUGACAAAUGAUCCAGAUGGGAAAGAUCCACCGGUUUUGUUGGAGAUUAGUGCUCAAAUUACUUUUAUAUUGUUCCUCUUCUUCAUAACGAUCAUUCUGAUGAACCUCCUUGUGGGUGUUGCUGUUAAUGACAUUGAAGCACUAAAAGAAUCUGCGGAACUUUCAAAGCUUGUGCGUCAGACGGAAUUGAUUUCCUACAUUGAAUCGGCGCUAUUCAAUGAAUACAUCCCAAAGUGGUUGAGAAAAUUUGUUCAUGAAUCUGCAAUGGUCUCCCCACAUGCCUAUCGUGCCAUACUGUGUGUGAAGCCGCAGAAUCCCGGGGAGAAGCGUCUUCCGCGGGAGAUUCUCGAUGAAGCCUUGGAAGUUGGAAAGCAACGAAAGGAUCUCGAUCAUACGCUUACAAAUAAGGAAUCAGAUGAAUCCCUCAAUUCAAGCUUCAAGCGCAAGGGUAGUCGUCGCGGGGGACGUGUGUUGGAGCGUCAAGACUCCAUUUGUCCAUCACUGCAUCGCGUGGAAAGCACACCGGGGCAUGAGGUGACGAAGAAAAUGGAAGAUAAUGCUGAGAAAAUUGAUAUUUUGUCGAAUGAAGUGAAGGAAUUAAAGGCGAUAUUGCAUCAAAAUCACUCAACGCUCGAGCACUUGUUGUUUACACUGACUAAGGGUCAUGAGACUACAAGAAAGAAGUCCAUUAAGAAAGGUAGAAUCACGGAUUAAUGAAGCUUUUCCCGCGCUCAAAACUUCCUUUUCAAUGAAAAAAGUAUUAUCAAGUAUCAUCGAGAGAUAUGGCAUUUUAUACUUGAGAAUUGGCACAAAAUGUAUAUUCUGGGAAGCAUUUAAUACGGACUCACACAGGCCAUUUAUUCAAUUGAUGUUGUUAUGUAUUUGCAUGAGAGCUUGUACAAUUAUUGUUAAAUAGAGAUGUUGAGUGAUAACUAUGUUAGCUUGUACGAGAGAUGUGUUAAUUAAAUGUGUACCUAACCAAGCACUUUGGUCAA